CCAUGAUGUCCUGUUCAUUGAGCGUCUGUGGAAUUUCUGUAAAUUUCCAUUAACGUCAGAACACUGAGAGCCAAUCAAAUUGCACUUCCUGUUUCAGUGUUCCAAAGUGUAUCUCGUUUAAUUUUUAAGGCGGGCUAAGAAGCGGGAGGUUUAAAUUAUCCCGCUUAUAUGCUAAUAUACUGAAAUAAACAAUAUAUACAUACGUUUAUAAAACGAUCUGAUUAGGACGCAUAACUGGAACAAACGAAGAUGUUCAGAGAAAGAAAGCACCUUCAGGAGCUCCCUUCCUCCAGUGGGAACUUGCCAAAGUGGACACAGCUGCAGGAAACCAAGAAGACACACAAGGUCCCUUUCGAGGACAAUUGUGAAAAUGAGUGCACUCCUCAGGAUCUGAUACAAAGCUGGUCUCCUCCGCAGAAAAGACCCCGAAUCUGCAAUGGGAAAGAGAAUGAAGACGUCCCCUUUGUUCUCGCUCGGAGGCCAAGGAAAAAGCGAGAAUCCGAAGCAGUGAUUUCCUGGGACAGCCUACCUGACGAGCUGCUACUGAGAAUAUUUCAUGGCCUUCCAUUGGUUGACCUACUUAAGGUUUCCCAAGUCUGUAAACGUUGGCACCGCCUGGCGUUCGAUGAGUCUCUGUGGCACAGCGUUGAUCUGACAAGAAAGGCACUGCUUGCGCCGGCCCUCAGUCAGGUCCUGACAGCUGGGGUGGUGGCCUUGCGCUGCCCCAGGACCUGCAUAGGCAAACCUUCUCUCAAAAACAUAAGGUCUCUGCGUGUUCAACAUAUGGAUUUAUCCAGCUGCACCGUGAGUGUAGCAGUGCUUGAGGACAUCAUUGGCCGUUGCUUCAGGCUCCAGGACCUCAGUUUAGAGGGACUGGUUCUUUCAGAUCAAGUCCUCAUAUGUUUAGCACAGAACCCUGAGCUGCUGCGGUUGAACAUGUCUGGAUGUUCAGGAUUCUCUGCACAUUCACUGGGAGAGAUGCUCCACCACUGCACACUCCUGGAUGAACUGAACCUGUCCUGGUGUGAAUUCACUUCGGACCAUGUUAAAGCGGCCGUGAACAACAUUCCUGAAAGCGUCACGCAGCUAAACCUCAGCGGGUACCGCCAGAACUUACACAUUGCUGAUGUGGAGGUAUUAGUGUCAAGAUGUCCACACAUUACUAACCUAGAUCUGAGUGACAGUGUCUUGCUGACAUCAGACUCUUUUCAGCAUUUCUGCAAACUCCCAGCCCUCCAUCAGCUAGCCCUCAGCCGGUGUUACCAGAUCCACCCAGCGGCCCUGGUGGAUUUUGAGAACUUUCCAUCUUUGAAGAUGCUGGAGGUUUUUGGGAUCUUGCAGGACAUGAACCUACCGAUUUUGACAAAAGGCCUGCCGCACAUUAAAAUCAACUCCUGCUAUUUUACCACCAUCGCCCGACCCACUGUGGGAAGCAAGAAGAACAGAGACAUCUGGGGCAUCUCCUGCAGGCUGACCUACAGAGCUCCGUUCACCGCAUAGUGAAGGGGCACUGACAUUGCCAACCUGACAUUUAAAAACUGCAGAGGUAGUUUUGGGACGGUGGUGGUGGUUGUAGCAACUUCACCCUAAAGUUUCAAAUACCUCCUCUGUGACAAUAUGCCACCCCAAACAAAGAACACAGCUGUUUUAUGCAAUACCUCCACAGUAAAUCCCAGCUCUUUUUUACUAACUGUACAGUCUUUUUAGUGUCCAUUUGUUAAAGAAUGGCUGAUUUUAGCAUAUGUGCAGAUGAUGAUGAUGGUGAUGCUGAUGGUGGAGAUGAAGGUAUUAUUUUUAGAAGAAACUUGAAACGAUAACUUGUUUCUAUUGUAUUGUUUUAAUGUGCACCACUUCCGCUGGAGUGAAGUAGUAUUAUUUUUAUUUAAUUUUUUAAUUUAAAUACCCAUUACUUAAUGAUUUUAUGCCCUCUGGAGCAUAAAAGCAAACAAAGUGGAUGAUUUAUGUAAAACAUCCAUCUGAUUAUUAAAGCUCUGCUAACAAUGAAGCAUGAAGAACAAUAAAACCAGUUUGUUUCUCAUAUUCCUACAUGUCAACUCUCCUGUAUGGGUAAAUACUGUGCUUCCAGGCAAGAGGAUUUAUAUGUACAGAAAUGAUGUUUUAAGGUGGUUUGCUUUAGUUUCUGAUCUACAUGGAAUUGUAAUAUGCAUGUAGAAUGAUUUUUAAACGGUGUGGUAACUAUUGAACCACCUCUUGGUGUCCUCCUCAUAAUUGUGCUGUUAAAAUGGGGUCUGUAGAUAGAAAAAUCAUGUAUUCUGAAGGAAAACUAUAGACAGAUGAACACAGUAGCUGAAAUGUUUACAUGCUGACUUAUAGUUUUCCCACAGAUAUUAUGAUUUGACUUGUUUAAAGUUUAGGAUUUUUUUUUUAUUUUAAAUCUGGCAGCUGCUGUAGUUGUAGGUUAAAUGUUUGCAUUUUAUGACACUCAAAUUGACUGGCUAGUAUAAUUGUAUUAUUAUUGUUUUUUUCUUGUUGAAAUGUUACAUGAAGUUGAUGCCUAUAACGUUACAUUGUCGAUGUUGACUAAACGGGAUCCUUUUUAAAGCUUUGUACUCCAGUGCUGUUACUUUUUCUGAUUUGGAAUGUUGUCCAAUCAUUGCAAAACUAUAAAUAAACACUAGGGGACACAAUACUAAAAUAAAAGAUUUUAAAAGAA